AUGGAUACUGCGGAACUGUGUAAAGUGCUGGAGAACACGGCAGCUCUGCAGCCCAAAGAAGUAACACUCCAAACGCUUUCGGAUUGUUUGAAACCGGUGCUCGAUCACCCGCUUCCACCGGAUGUAUCCUGUUCCGAUGUCAUGUGGCAAACCUCCUACCGGUAUCUGGCCGUGCUGACAGAGUUUUCCAAAAGCGGCCUUAUUGAACGACAAGCGGCUGGCAGCAGCGCCUCGGAAGCAGAGGAAGUGAUAAACCUGCAAAACCUGUCGCACUUUAUUGCCACGACCGAACUCGUACGCCAGUUUACCCUCCAUCUGUAUCUUCCCCGCGAACUGCGAGGGUUGUCCACGUGCGAGGCACAACUGAUGGCGAUAGUGGACGCCAAAGAGUGCGCCCGCCGACUGUCGCACUGCGUGGCCCAGUACGGCGAGCUGUUCCAGAGGAAGAUGUUGGCCUGUCAUCCACGGACGGCGGAGUGUGCAAUGGAUUUUUUGGCCGGUGCGUACCAUCUUGAUCCGAUGACUUCGGCCAAAAGUCGGUUAGAUCUUUUCCCGACCAAGCUAGUGUUCCGCUGUCUACUGACAAUCAAGGGCACAUUUGGAGUCCCGCACGAUCUUUCAAUGACACUGCACCGCGAUCUGCUGCAGAUGACGGGAACGGAAGGAGGAUUUGCCAGUCUAUGCCGUACGCUAUUCACGAUCGGUGAAUCGAACGAAGGGAUACCAUCGUGGCGCAAGGCUGAAGUGAUUGCUAAAAUCGUUGCAAGCCGUGGCCACACGAAACAAUUUUACAGCCAGGUACUGACCGACUGUUUGGAGUUCUACCGAUGGGCUUCCAAUGACGGGACAGAUGACGCACUGAUAUACGCGGGAACGUGCAUUGAGUGCCUGAAGCGCUUCUAUUCCCUGCCCGCCGCCUACCAAGAGCUACACAAGCGCAUUGAGACGCACUUUUUCGGACGCUUCGACGAGUUAAUGAACCCCCCGGAACUCGUCACGGGUUAUGUGUUGUGUGAGCGGAGCGGACUGCUCUCUACCCUUCACGAUUGUAGCAUGGCGUUCAGUGGAUCCAGUCUCAGUUCCCUACCGUCGGCGAUGCUGGUGCCCUACAUUGCGUUGUUUACAAAGCUCUACUCACUCCUGCCGAUGAGUGCGGACGAACGCAACUACUUGCAGAGCAUGACCAUAUUCUGCCUCGCCAAUCGAACCAAGGAUGAGCUGAGGCACGUGCUGAUCGAUGCUAUUUCCGGUUCUACCGAAGACAAAUUUAUGAAACACCUCCAUCCGCGAGUCGUGGUGAAAAUCCGAGUAGAGACCGAGUCAAGCUACAGCCUCGUUAUGGGUCCUUCCCGUGAACCAGAAGGCGACGACGAGAACCUGCUUCCGGUGCUGGUAGAGAUGCUGAAAUCCUCAAAUCGGAAUCUUUUGCUUUACGACACAUUCGUUAUUCUGCUGAGGGAACUUAUGAUCAUUUCGAGCAGCGAUCAGCCACCGCACGACGAUACUAGCCUCGUCGAUGAGCCGCAGGUGAUGAUCUACAAACGGUUCCACCGAAAGUACACCGUCAUUCAGUCGCUGAUGGAACUGAUCAGUCACAAGCACUUCCACGCCCAGCUCUACGACAAUCCGAGCGAAGUGAUCGUCGUGCUAAAAGCAUCCGUUACGCAUGCAAUCGAAACCGCAGAGGCCCCCCAGAGGUCCGAUAUGCUAGAGAUUAUAGUUUCCAUCUUUCAGGAAUUUCUAACACGAACCCGCCACUUGAAGGAAGUGGACCGAAUUUUGUGUCUCCUGCAACGCUACCGAACGUCCGAGGGCUGCUCAGUUGAGCUGGCAGCCCGGAUAGAUGUGCUUUGCAGCCAUCCGACACCGGACGAAGGUCAGGCGACGGGGGCGACGGCUUAUCGCAACGCCUUUAGUUUGUGCUCCGACGCAGAACCGUAUUGUAAGGUGUACGGGACGACUCUCUUUCUGAAGCUGCUGAAAGAACGGGACCCAGAAACGGUCGCCCAGCGUCACACCGUACUCAUACUGGCUCUGGCAAAUCUUCGCAGCGAUGAGAGCUAUGCUUUUCUCAAUUCCGUGCGCCUGUUGGUGGCCCUUUGCGACGUCCUCGAAGCGGAAGUGAUCGACGCGCUGGUCAAGGAGUAUCUGAACGAAGCCAACGACACCGACUACCGAUUAAAGAUCGGUGAGGCCACCGUUAAGACGGUGGAAACGCUGGGUCCUCUAACGAUACGCUACCGGGACGCACUGUUAAACUGUUUUCUGACCGGCACACGCCACACGCUGGAUGAGUUUCGAACGUCAAGCCUCUCGAACGUUGGCGCCAUUUGCCGAAUUCUUUCCUAUCAAGUGCACACCUUUUUCUAUGAGCUCUUCAUGAUUUUAAGUGCGAUCGUUCAGACGGACCAGUAUCUUCCGGCGCGACGGGCCGCAAUGCUUGUGUUGGCGCAGCUGAUCGAAGGAAUGGACGGGCUGAUGGAUUUCCAAGAGUAUCUGCUACUGAUCUACCGAUUCCUCAAGCACGUGAUAGCGACCGAUAAGGACGACAUAACGAAACUACAGGCAGCCGUGGCUCUCGAUCAUCUGAAGUCGAAAACGAAAGACUUUCUCACCAUCAAUCCGCAGGAUCUGGAACAGCGAAUGUUUGGGCGGGUUAUCUGA